UGUAAAGGUAAGUUCCAAAAGGUUAAAGUGCUCAAACAUAAUACGUAAAUACCAUACGUAACGGUACGAAAAAAUGUCCGAUGCGAUGAGCGCACCGUCGCCAUUAAUACCCCAGCUGCAAGAGAUGCAGCAGCAACAACAACAACAACAACAAAACUCCAGCUCUGCCAAUGCGCAGCAAUGGAACAACUACGCAUGGUGGCAGCAUCAUGGUGGCAAUGCAGCCGCCUAUCAACAACAAUAUCAACAAUACUAUCAAUAUUAUAUGCGCUAUCAGCAGCAGCAACAGCAGCAACAACAACAGCAGCAGCAGGUAACAUCGACUAUUAGUUCGUCGAAUGCGCCGCCUGGGUUUAGUAAUGCUCUGGCGGCACCUCCGCUACCUACGGCACCACCACCGCCACCACCACCUCCUGCUCAGUCAGGUAAUAAAAAUCAGCAGCAGCAACAACAACAGCAGCAGCAGCAGCAGCAGCAGAAAAAUUUUGGUGGCAUACGCUUCAACUUGAAUUUGAAUCAAAAACGUUUGGCAAAUGCACCAAAUCCGCUGCAGCAGCAACAACAACAGCAGCAACAGCAACAUCAACAACAUGCAAUGCAGCAGCUUAAUCAAUAUAAUAACAUGAACAACAAUUCCAACAAAAAGAAGCGCAAGCGAAAUAAUAAAAACAACAAUAACAAUAACAUGAACAACAAUAUGAGCAUGAACAAACAACAACAACAACAGCAGCAGCAACAGCAUAGUGGUUAUGAAGCGUCGCAUCCUGCCUUUCCGGGUAUUUCUCUAAAUCCAUUCGCCGCACCAAUCGUGCCGCCGACGCCAGACUUAAGCAAGCCACCACCCCCUUUGCCCUUAAUACCAACACCUCUAGCGGCAGCAGCAGCAGUUGUUGCUCCACAACAACAACAACAGCAGCAGCAGCAAUCGCCGUUAGCGGUCUUGGAGCCCCAACAACCAAAGCAGCAGCAGCAGCAGCCACAACUGACACCAGCCGCAGCAGCAUUUAAACGUCCCAAUAAUAGCUUUCAGAUGGCCUCGAAUGAUUCGUGGCCAGAUUCGUUGAAUCAGUAUGUGGCGCGAUGCUAUUCCAAGUGCACCACCGACUUGGACAAGGAUCAAAUUGAUAUAUGUCUGAAGGGUAAAAUUAUUGCCGCUGCCAACCGCAACGAACUCUGGACACGUGAUUGGGACAAUGAGCCCAUGCCCACGGUGCAUAGCGAGCGCGAUGCCAUCGAUGUGGUGCUCAGCAAUGUGACGCCUCCGCAGCCGCAGCGCAGCAAUUACUUUAACAAAAAGCAGCAACAGCAAUCACAGUCACAAUCGCACCAAACACCACAAAAGCCCGGUCAAAAGACGCAAAAUGUGAAUCACUUUAAGCAGAAGGCGAAUGCCUUUAAUAAAUUUGCAAACGGCAACCACGGACACCACCAACAGCAGACGUCGCGCUAUUCCAGGAGUCGCUCUCGUUCGCCCACAUCGUCCACUUCUUCGACAUCGAAAUAUAAUAAUAGGAAACGUUACUCGCGCUCACCAGUUUCUCGUUCGCGUUCUCGAUCCCGUUCCCGUUCUCGUUCCCGUUCCCGUUCUCAAUCGCGUUCGCGUAGCAGCAGUGCCGGCAGUCCACCAGCUCGCAAGGUGCUCCGUAAGACAGGCUCGAAUGAUUCGUUGAGCAGCGAUUUUAUACCCAUCAAUUCGAAUAUGUCCAGGAAACAGCAGAAAAUGCUAAUGAAGAGGAACAAGCGUGCCGCGGCCGCCGCUGCAGCCGUUGCAGGGAAAAAGAAGACGCCACAUUUCUAUGCUACGCAUUCGUCGUCGGUUGGCGGUGCUGUUGAUGAUGACACAGCGCGCUUGCAACAGCGUGCGGCACGUUUCUCACAGACGAGCGGUGGCUCGGCUAAGAAAUCUGUCGUCGCAAUUGUAAGCUCACCGUUUGGUCUCACCACGGCCAAGCACAAGAAGAGAUUGCAGGCCUCGGCGGCAGCAUCUCGCUCAUCGUCGGCCAUGUUCUACGAGGAUGAUGCUGGUGCGGGAGCUGCGGGCUUAGAUUUACUCGAUUUGCAUAUUGUAGGCACAUGUAGGGAUUUAGAAAAGUCUUUCUUGCGUCUGACCAAAGCGCCUUCAGCAUUCGAAGUGCGCCCCGUUGAGGUGCUCACCCACUCGUUGGCCAAUGUAAAGAGUAAAUGGCGAGCCAACCAGGAUUAUCAUUAUGCGUGUGAUCAGUUGAAGUCCAUACGCCAAGACCUCACUGUCCAAGGUAUACGCGAUAAAUUCACCGUUGAGGUAUAUGAGACGCAUGCGCGCAUUGCCAUGGAGAAGGGUGACCACGAAGAGUUUAAUCAGUGUCAGACACAGUUAAAGAUGCUCUACUUGGAAUUGGGCAACAGCAGCAAUUCACUCGAGUUCACAGCCUAUCGCAUUAUCUAUUACAUAUUCACGAAAAAUACCUUGGACAUUACAACGGUGUUGCGUUCUAUAACAGCUGAUCAGCGCGAGAAUCCUGCCAUUGCGCAUGCUCUAGAUUUUCGUUCCGCUUGGUCGCUGGGAAACUACUGCAAACUCUUUGAGCUGUAUAAAAAGGCACCGCUCAUGUCAGGCCAUAUGAUUGAAUGGUUCUUGGAGCGCGAGCGCAAGGCAGCACUGCGCGUAAUUAUUAAAUCCUAUCGUCCCAACAUUAGUGUCGACUAUGUGUCAAAUCUGUUGGCCUUUGAUAGCACUGAGAAGUGCAAAGAAUGGUUAGAUACCUUCAGUUUACCCUAUGCCGCAGAUGGUGCUCAAAUUGAUUGCAAAAAUGCAGCUGCGAUUGCCAUUUGAAGCCUCAGAGCUAGUCUAUUAGGCGUUCUGAAUUAAACUUCAAUCCGUAGUGGAGUCGUGGAGCGUUGUGGCUAGGGCGCCACUCAGCAAGCACUCCAUUAAAAACAAGACACAACAAAUCAACUAGCCAUCCGUUUGAAAACUGUUCGGCUCUUAAUAAGCAGAACUUGUCUCUUUCGCGGAACUGAUGCUGUUACAUCUAUCUCUUUCUCUACUCUCCCUAUCUCUCUUCAGCGUGCCCCCUUUCGCCCAUUGUAAAUAUUUGAUUUCCAAACUGCGCGUACCCCUACGUUCAAUUCAGGAAAUGUUUAAUUGUAUAUAGAUUUUAUUUUGAAAGGAGUAGUUCUCUAAAGGGAAUAUUUUUAUAAAUAUUCAGUCUGGUCCCCCCUUCCGAUUGUAUCUCAGUUCAGGUAUCCCGCUUCUCUUUAGCUCUGUCUUUAUCGGAGUGUACACCCCCAACACAUCGUCGAUUCACAUUCUAAUGGAUUUGCAAUUAAUGUGUCAUCUGCACUUAAACGUCUCAUCAAAGCCCUACAACGUCCAGUCACAACACUCAAUUUUGCUGAACACCGUGGAACACUUUGAAUCAUUUGAUCUGCAUGUGGCAGCAUCAUGGAACUCCGCGUCGGUUUUAUUGCGCUUUAGGUGAAUGCUGUACUACUGAUGCUGGAAAUGCUCAAAGUCAACAGGGACUCGGCAAUCAGCGCUACAUGGCAGCACGAAUCGUGGCUACAGCCCAAUGCAGAGGAUCGGAGAUCGAAGCAAUGGAUGCGAUUCGCUCUGAAAUUGAAUGAUUUAGCGAUCAACGUUGGACCAGUCCAGUUCAUAGUCCUCAAGGGAGUGGCAGGAUCUUUAGAAGGAAAACCCUUGCCUGCUAUCCGGAUCACAUAAUCUGUUGCAAUGACAUUCAUUGAGUUAGCGAGCUGCGCUGGACAGUCCAUUUAAUUCAAUAGGAUAGCGCACGGAUCUUCAGAGGAAAGACCAUCUCGCGCCUGCUCUGCAGAUCUCGUCAUCUUCCAUUUUAAAUCUCACUGUAGCAAUGUGUUGGUGGCUAUAAGUGGAAGCAUCUGCGGAACAUCUUUUCAGGUUUUAGGAGUGUCACCUACGCAAGUAGAAGCAACUAAAAAAAUUCCUAAUCCAAUCCAUAAUAACAUCAGUGAAUCAAAGACUACAAUUAAAGAGACGGUCUAAAGUGAAAGUGCAAUCAAAAUUAAAAUGUGAACUCUACUUAUCCCAAAACUGAACUGAACUAAACCGAAUAGAGAAGUGAAGAAUAUUGUAUAAUACACAACAAGCGAUUAACCACAAUAUUAACAAAAAGAUAAAGCUAACAAUUCACACAACAAACAAAAACAUUAGGCUACAGAGCAGAGCCUAAAUGAAAUAUGAAUGGCCGCAAAGUUGGACGAUAUUUUAUUUUGUUUGUUUACUUCUUUUUUCUUUUUGUUGAUUUUUUUUUUUUUUUUUUUUUUGGUUUUACAAUUUUAUCGUAUUCUAAAGAAAAUUAAUUUUAAGAUCUAGUUUUAAAGCCUGUUAUUUGUUUAAUUUAUUGAAAACAAGUUUAUACUAAUGUCUUGUCUCUCUAUUGUAUACCUGUAUAUAUAUACAUAUAUAUACAACAACAUCAUCAACUUCAACAUCGACAUCAUCCAAACAACAAAAUCAUCUUCAACAUCAAAGCAACAGCAACAACCGCAACUGCACUGCAUGGGGACAAGCCAUACGAAACAGCAAGAACGAGCAAGCAAAAAGAGGAAAGUCCUCCCAGUGGAAGAUCCGUUCAACCGUUGUCCAGCUAUCACACGGCGGAGAGCUAAGCCUAUCACCACGUCGAGCCUCAGUAGUCAUCGCAGCUGUUCGGGACUUUUGUAAGCUCUUCCAAUUUUAAUCUGUUCAUAAAAGAAGAAAAUAGAAAAGAAAAAAGAAAAA